AUGCCUCCGCCCGCUAAACGGUCUGGCCGGAUCGGCAGCACCAAGUCGAAAACGGGAUGUGACACCUGCAAAGUUCGCCGCGUCCGGUGUGGCGAGGAAAAGCCAUGCUGCACACGAUGCACCAGCACGGGGCGGCGGUGUUCUUAUAGCACUGCGUCUGCUCCCAAGGGCACUGGCACCUUUAAUGGGCUCAAUUUUUCUUCUGGCAAUCCAUCAGUGUCUCUUGCUGGAACUUUCUCUUCAGUUCUAGAAUCUCAAGCAGGACUGAGAGAACGACGGGCAUUUGAGUAUUACUUCCAUCAGGCAGGCCCCUCCCUUUCAGGAGACCUCGAUGUUUCCUUCUGGAGAAUCUGCGUACUACAAAUAUGUCGCAUGGAACCGGCAGUCUGGGAUGCAAUAAUCUCCCUCGGUGCACUUUACGAGCGGCCCCCUGUGCAAGAAACGCCGCCAUUCAGGCUCAUCAACGACCCCGCGACCAUACAACACGCGUAUCACCAUGAAGCAUUGAUCUGGUAUUCCCGCUCUCUGGCUACUCUACAAGCCCGUAUUGAUCAAGGCACAGCGGAUAUUGGUGUCUCAUUGAUCAGCUGUCUUCUGUUCAUUGCUAUCGAGUUGCUGCAGGGUAAUCGGAACGCUGCCUUAACUCUAUACAAACAAGGGUUACGACUGAUGGCGAGCACAGACCGAACACCACUGGGCUCCAUUAUCAGACCAAUCUUUCGCCGGAUGGGUACUUGGGCCUCCAUAAGGCAUGGAUUUUGCGAAAAUAGCGACAGCCUUAACCUGGCAAUUCCUAUCCAGAGAUUUGCAUCCAUCGAUGAGGCAAGGAACGUACUGUGUGAAAUUGUUGCUGAAAUGAUAGGUCUGAACACCGCAACUAAAGAACAUUGGCAUCAAGUGACUGGCAGCCAUGAAUAUGACUCGCCGGUUCUUAUGGCGAGAAAGGAGCAACUAGAAAGACGGCUUCAUGAUUGGUAUCGGCUUUUUAUGUCUCUUGAACCAACCCAUACACUUGGCUCGGGUGAAAUGACGAAAAAGAUCGAUGGUGCAAAAGCUCUACUUUUGAUGACGUACCUUAGUGUCUUGAUCGAGGUCCAAACUACCCUUGACCUUGAUCAGACAGCUUACGAUUCCUACGAGCUCGAAUUUAGCCAAAUCCUUGUCCACGCAUCCACUGCACUCGCAGCUACGCGCAGACCAGAUGACAAACAGCCGCCGUUUAUGUUUGAAAUGGGAGUCUUCCUCCCACUAUUUAUCACGGCGCUCAAAUGCAGAUACCCUCGAAUACGUCGCCAGGCCCUCCGGCUACUUUGGGAAGCUCCACCAGUCCAGGGACUGUUCAUGUGCGAACCUGCGGCCUAUGUUGUAGCAGUUCUUGUUGCAUUGGAAGAGAACCAGACGAUGAUAAGACCGCCGGCUGAGUCAGAAAUCAAUGCUUUAUUGCUUCAGCCUGGAAGCUUUCCAGGUCAGCGGGAUCGGGUCUGGGAUUUCAAUGUUUCCUCUGAAAUGAAUGAAGAUGGUCAAAUGCAGACUUGGUUACAUUACAGCCUUCGUGAUUUUGCCUGUGAAGAUGGACGAAUCCAAUUCAUUGAGCGGAAAAUUCUGUUACCCGAUAAUGAACCUUCGCAUUGA